UUUGGAGCCCAGGCCCCGCCCGUUUCCCGCCUCCUGGGCCUGGUUCGUUCCUGCCCUACUACGCCCCUUUCUUCUGCGCCCCUGCUGUUUCUUGCUGAAGGCGGAGGUCCGUGUUGUCCCCUCAGCGAGUGGUAGCGGCUGCCUCGAGAAGAGCAGGUGAUGCCAUGGAGAACAGCAAGCCUGGUCCAGUGCAGGUUGUUUUGGUUCACAAAGACCAACAUUCUUUUGAGCUAGAAGAAAAAGCCUUGGCCAGCAUCCUCUUGCAGGACCACAUCCGAGAUCUUGAUGUGGUGGUAGUGUCAGUGGCUGGUGCCUUCAGAAAGGGCAAGUCCUUCAUUCUGGACUUUAUGCUGCGAUACUUAUAUUCUCAGAAGGAAGGUGGCCAUUCAAAUUGGUUGGGUGAUCCAGAAGAACCAUUAACAGGAUUUUCAUGGCGAGGGGGCUCUGACCCAGAAACCACUGGGAUUCAAAUCUGGAGUGAAGUUUUCACUGUGGAGAAGCCAGGUGGAAAGAAGGUUGCAGUUGUUCUGAUGGACACCCAGGGAGCAUUUGACAGUCAGUCAACGGUGAAAGACUGUGCUACCAUCUUUGCUUUAAGCACCAUGACUAGUUCUGUUCAGAUUUAUAAUUUAUCCCAGAACAUUCAGGAAGAUGAUCUUCAACAGCUGCAGCUCUUCACAGAAUAUGGUCGUCUGGCAAUGGAUGAAAUUUUCCAAAAACCCUUCCAGACACUGAUGUUUUUAGUUCGAGAUUGGAGUUUCCCUUAUGAAUACAACUAUGGACUACAAGGAGGAAUGGCAUUUUUGGAUAAGCGUUUACAGGUGAAGGAACGUCAACAUGAAGAAAUUCAGAAUGUUCGAAAUCACAUUCAUUCAUGUUUCUCUGAUGUUACAUGCUUUCUCUUACCACAUCCAGGACUCCAGGUGGCCACAAGCCCUGACUUUGAUGGGAAAUUGAAAGAUAUUGCUGGUGAAUUCAAAGAGCAAUUACAGGCUCUGAUACCAUAUGUGUUAAACCCCUCUAAGUUAAUGGAAAAAGAGAUCAAUGGCUCAAAAGUCACCUGUCGGGGACUAUUGGAGUAUUUUAAGGCAUAUAUUAAAAUUUACCAAGGAGAAGAUCUGCCUCACCCCAAGUCAAUGCUUCAGGCCACUGCUGAAGCCAACAAUUUAGCAGCUGCAGCCUCUGCCAAGGACAUUUAUUAUAACAACAUGGAGGAGGUUUGUGGGGGAGAGAAACCUUACUUGUCUCCAGACAUUUUAGAGGAGAAGCACUGUGAAUUCAAACAACUUGCUCUGGACCAUUUUAAGAAGACAAAGAAGAUGGGUGGGAAGGAUUUCAGUUUUCGUUACCAGCAGGAGUUGGAGGAGGAAAUCAAGGAACUGUAUGAGAAUUUCUGCAAGCACAAUGGUAGCAAGAAUGUCUUCAGCACCUUCCGAACGCCUGCUGUGCUGUUCACAGGCAUUGUGGCUUUGUACAUAGCCUCAGGCCUCACUGGCUUUGUUGGGCUGGAGGUUGUGGCCCAGCUGUUCAACUGUAUGGUUGGACUGCUGUUAAUAGCACUUCUCACCUGGGGGUACAUCAAGUAUUCUGGUCAAUAUCCUGAGCUGGGCGGAGCUAUUGAUUUUGGUGCAGCGUAUGUAUUGGAGCAGGCUUCUUCUCAUAUUGGCAAUUCCACUCAGGCUGGUAUGAGGGAAUCAGCUGUUGGAAGACUACCUAUGGAUAAAAAACCUCAAUAGCAUCUUAACCUGAGGAUCUAACAGGAAUCCGGCCAACCCCUACUGAUUGAUGGGUUUUUGCUGUGGCCACAUCAAUGGCAGAUCUGAGACCAUCCAGGAAGAGCCGAAAUGUGGCAUUGUAAUAAAUGAACUGACCUCUCCUGUGUUUUCAAAUUCUUAAACACAUUUCCAUAUCUGUUGGGAAUGCUUCUUUUCCUUGCUAUUGUAGAUCCAAGCCUGUGCUUAUUUUCUUGUCACUUUCGCUUUGUGCACUUUAUGGGGGAGAAAGCUAAAGGCAAAAAAUGGAAAUGCAGCUUUUCAGUGCUCUCUGUGCCGCUCAGCGCCUUCAAGGUUGAGUCCGGGGUUCUGUAGACACAGUGGGGAGGGCAUGAGGAUGACUUCAUGAAAGGUGCCUUUUGGGGUGAAACUUCAUAGGUCUUUACUCUUUUGAGAAAAAUUCCUUUCAUAAAAGUUUACAAAACUUGGAAAAACUUCAGAACUAAAGAGUAACUAAAAAUGAUGCCAUUACACUUCAAAAAUCUUAUUUAUAAUAUUACAUGAUACUGUUUGCCAUAUAGAGUAGAAAAAUUAAUUAUAUUUAAAUAUACCAUAUUCAUUCUGAAAUGUAAAGUUUUUUAUCCAACAGGCUGACAGUUUUGUUGUAACGUGCUCUAUUUGUUUUGGUUCUUAUAGCUUCUUUCUAGAAAGAGAAACAUAUAUUCCUUGAAUAACAAAAGGAAUGAGCUAGAUAUUGUAAGAAAAAAGCUGCAUUAAAAGGAAUCACAUGACCACCGAAAAGUUAUUUGAACUUGUGCCUUGGUCAGGUUAACUGUAGAUUUUAUAUGUAUGUAGUUGUUCUGUACAACUCUUACAUACAGUUGUCACUUGAGAGGCUCUGUUCUUGAGAGUCAGCCCAAGAACAGAACUUUAUUAAGAAUUAGAGGAAAGAUAUUACCAAAUAUUACUGCCUUUAAUUAAUGUCUUAUUUCAUGUGGCUUAACAGUAAUUAGUAAUUAAAUAACAUGAUAAUAAGGUCUAUAUCCACAAAUGUUAAUUUGCACACUCCUAUGCACUGUCCAGUGUUCUAAUAAUGAAACUGAAAUUACCAGUUUUAUUUAGUGAGUCUUAUUUAACUUCAUUUUUGACUAGUCUGGUAGCUUUAAAAUAGCUUUUACUUAGUUAAAACCAAAGUCCUAUGCAAAUAUAAACUAUCUAAAAUUAAUUUUUUUAAUUUACCUUGAUUAUGUGAUAAAAGUUUUUAUCUGUUAAUUACUUUUCCCUUUGGUUUAUAAUGGUAAAUUAUGGAUUUAAAAACUCUUAAAACUUGCCUGUAAGUAUUCAUAUAAGCAUCCAAGUAUGUGAGCCUUAAUUUUUGAGAUAAUUUAGUUGUGUGGGUGGGAGGUACAAAGGCUUACAUAAAAUAUGAUUGUAAAUUUUAUAUGCAUCAAGUAUGAAUGGAAGGUAGGAAAAGUCUCUUCUAGCAUGUCAUCUCUUUAUCAAGUAAUUUUUUUGACUAAUACUUUAUCACUCAAGUAUUUUUUAAGUCUUACAUUAAUUCCAAGCACUUAAAUAUAUUUUUCAUUUUUAUAUGCCAUCUUGAAGUUCUUGCUAUUUUACUCACUUGCUGUUACAUUUUAGAAAAAUUCUAGCUUGUUCUAAAAACCGUUUACUUAUGCUCAUCAGUGAUGGCAAGCCUGACUGUUAAGUUGAAAGCUUCUGACAUUUUGGUGCAUUUUCAGGUUGCCUCUCAUCUGUCUGAAGGUUCAUACUUUAAUUACUAGGUCCUAUAGGUUUUGCAAUACUUAGCUUUUAGUAUAUUCUGUAAGUAUUCAUAAAUUUGUAGGUUGCAGAAUAAUUGUCAAAAGUGGUCCUACUUGUAAUGGCGAGAAGGGAUAAUUUGUCUAAAACCCAUUCUAAUGUAUUAGGUCUUUUUUUUUUUUUUAAGUAAAAAUGUAUAAUUUAAUGAAAUCUUAGGAUUUAGUUACUGUUUUAAUUCACUAUUUCUGUUUUAGUCUUAUAAGUUUAAUUACCCAGAGGAAGGCCCUUUUUUGGUCCAUAUUAGUUAACUUGUUCUGCUUCUUGAAAAUGUUGAUAAAGUUGAUGAUUUUAUAUCAGCUUUUUCAAUAACACAUCCAUUCUCAUUGCUAGCUAUAAGUAGUGCUAGGGAGAUUUAUAACCAGGUUGCAAAAGGACUUACAUGUUAACUUCUCUCAGUUUGUGAUUUGUAGGUGGGAGCUCAGAUUGUGGGUGUUUGCCCAGUGUGUGCUACCCUGCUACUCCUGCAAGCCUUUUCCUUCCUCCAAGGCAGCUUUAAUUUGCACAUUCCUAACACUAAAUGGAGCACAUUCCUAUUAACACAUAAAAGGAGGUUUCCAAUAUUUUCUAUUAAAAUAACUCAUAACUUCUGGGCAGUGCCUGUGGCUCAAGGAGUCUGACACCAGCCUCAUAUGCCAGAGGUGGUGGGUUCAAACCCAACCUUGGCCAAAAUCUGAAAAAAAAAUAAUAAUAACUCAUAACUUCUUUCAGAAGAAGUCAAAUGUUGCUAAUUAACUUGCAAUUAGCUUUUUUUUUUUGAGACAGUCUUUGUCAAUUUCAUUAGCGCGCUGUUGCGUCACAGCUCACAGCAACUUCAAACUCUUAGGCUCAAGCGAUUCUCUUGCUUCAGCCUCCCAAAUAGCUGGGACUACAGGCACCCGCCACUGUGCCCUGCUGUUUUUAGAGACGGGAUCUCUCUGGCUCAGGCUGGUCUGAAACUUGUAAGCUCAGGCAAUCCAUCCGCCUCAGCCUCACAGAGUGCUAGGAUUACAGGAACUUGCAAUUAGCUUCUUAGAGUAAAAAUAAAGAAUUCCACUUUCACUGAGAAAUCUAUAUGAUUGUUUUGUAGAUAAAAUGAGGACAAACUAUCAUGUGUGAUGAUAAAAACACCUUCAGAGUAAAUGCCUUAUUUUCACAGUAUACCAAGAAAUCUUUUUAUGUUUUAACAUCUAUUUAAUACUUGGUAAAGUUGGCUGUGAACAUUAUUUCUGCUUUACUUUUUCUUUACUUCAUUUGGAGUAAAAUGCUUUGGGCAAACAGAAAGACCAUGUGUCAUUUUAUUAGUGGACCAUGUGUUUAUGUAGCUCAUAAAACGGUGCCUUGGUAUGUUUGCAUGUAUGUAUGAGUUAUAGUAAGAUUAAAUAGAUCGAUUCAAGUCUAGGCAAAAGCAGGAAAACAAAUAUUUUUUCCUAGGGUAUUUUUUUUUUUUGUAAUAAUGUAACAGUGUGGAAGUCUCCAUAGAGCUAUGGCUAACCUUUGGAUGUAACAACAUUUUAGUCAAGGUAUGAGGGUAUGAUGAAGACAGACAUUAGCUGUGCAAAUACAAACUAUAUACAUGGUUGAUUUUUUUUUUUUUUUUAAUGACAUUGAAGCCUGCUGAAAAGACCAUUUGCAGUUGAAUAGCUUUCCUUAUGUUGGUCUUAUUGUAGCUGUGUUUGGACUGAUGGCUGUCUUUUAUAUUGGAGUGCACAAUACCUACCUAGAAGCCUUGUUUAAAGAAAAUUCAGACUCCCAACUUUAUACCCAGGAAUUGCCUCAGUAGAUCUGGCUGUGGCCCUGGAAUCAUAGCUUUAUAAACAGUGGUACAGAGAGAAUGCCCACAAGAUGGGAAGUACCAAGGGUGUAGUUCAGUAUCAUUCGGUAUCAGCUGGAGGCAAGUGGACACCUUUUACCUGAGGUUCAGAAUACACAGUCUCCUACCAUAUACAAUCACCAGGAGUUUACUGUGUUCAGAGUAGUAAGGAUGCUCUUAAUCCAGAGAUCACUUAAACUCCUUAAAGCUGUUACUUUCUAAAUUGUCAUAGUGCCUUCUUUGAAAAAAAUGAAUGUAUAAGUAUCCUAUAUAUUAACAGAUGUAAUUAGGAUUUUUAAAAAGUAGUUUGGAUAGCUGGGGGUUUUGGUGUUUUGUUUGUUUUCCAAUUUAGAGACGAGUCUCGCUCUGUCACCAGGGCUAGAGUGCAGUGGUAUAUCUAGCUCACUGAUCUCUCAAAUACCUGGGCCCAAGCCAUCUUUCCACCUUAGGCUCCUGAGUAGCUAGGACUGUAGGUGCGCACCACCACACCUGGCUAAUUUUAAAAAGUGGUUUUUUUUCCCUUCUUCUUCUUUUUUUUUUUUUUUGGUAGAGACAUUGUUGAUCAGGCUGGUCUUGAACUUUUUAAUUUCAAGUGCUCCUCCCACCUUGGUCUCCCAUGGCUUUGGGAAUAUAGGUGUGAGCCCCUGGGCCUGGCCCUGUUUUUCUUUUUAAAGCAAAAUUCAGCACUGUGACUAGAACCCCUAAAUCUUUUGCUUACAGAGAACUUUUUUUUUUUGAGACAGAGCUUCAAGCUGUCGCCCUGGGUAGAGCUGUGGCGUUACAGCUCACAGUAGCCUCCAACUCCUGGGCUUAAGUGAUUCUUUUGCCUCAGCCUCGCAAGUAGCUGGACUACAGGCGCUAGUUGUAGUUGUCAUUGUUGUUUGGCAGGCCUGGGCUGGAUUCGAACCUGCCAGCUCUGGUAUAUGUGGCUGGCGCCUUAGCCUCUUGAGCUAUAGGCACCGAGCCUUGCAGAGAACUUUAAAUCACACAUAAAAAUAAUGACGAUAAAAGAGGGACAGGAGCAUACUUUUGAUAGUGAUAUAAGUACCCAAUAUCAGAAACUUUUCUCAAUAGGUCUAGGGGCAGAAAGGUGUGUGUGUUUUUUUUUUUGGGCGACAGUCUCAUUAUGUCACCCUUGCUAGAGUGCGAUGGCGUCACAGAUCACGGCAACCUCAAACUCUUGGGCUUAAGCGAUUCUCUUGCCUCUGUCUCCCAAAUAGCUGGGACUACAGGCCUCUGCCACAAUGCCUGGCUAUUUUUUGGUUGCAGUUGUCAUUGUUUAGCAGGCUCAGGCUGGGCUUGAACCCACCACCCUGUGGCCACUUCCCCUACUUACUGAGCUACAGGUGCUGAGCCUAAGGAAAGGUUUUGAAAGAAAUUUUUUUAGGAAGGAAUUUAAUGUGCCAGAACAAAAAUUUUAAUGUUGUAUUUUUAUGAUUAAGGGAAGAUUGCAUUGGUUCCCAAAGUUUUCUAGUUUAGAUGGAUAAAUGCUGUCACGGACAUAAGCCUUAAAGGAGUUAAUCUUGUACAUAUAUAAAUUUUCCUCAAUUUUUAUUUUGUUUUUUUUUUUAAAGAUUUGUUAGAAGUACUUUCUGCUAAACCCUUGCCUUUGAAUGGCUUUAAAAUUUAAUGUAGUUUUUUUUUUUUAAUGUGCAAUGGAUGAGAUUAUGCUUAGUAUAUUAAAAGCAUGUUUCUGUUUCACUCCUAGUUGUAAGAUCAUUUAAUGAAAUAAAAAUCACAACACCAUG